CACGCACGCCUGCACGCACAGGUGUCGCUUUCCUGUGCGAUGAAUCUGCAGAUGCAGCCUCACCGCAUUCGGCGUGCAGCGGCUGACGUCAGGAGGAGAGCGGAGCGAGAGGAGUUGAAAUAGGGCAGAGCAGGAGCGCAGCGCGGAGAGGAAAAGCAGCCGGAGGAGCCGGAGGAUGGACAGCCGCCGUCGCUGCUGAGAGUUGGGGAGGACGCGCUGUAACCGUCGCCUCUAACACAUCUGCUACUGACACAACCAUCCAGUAAUUAAUCUGAACCCUCGUAACCUUCUUUUUUUUACUGAGCGAGAAGGAGGAGGAGGAAGAGAAGGAGUGGGAACUAAGAAAAAAAAACAGAGCGCAGUUGUUGGACGAGAGAAAUCUGUGGCACGUUUGCACGAAUUUCCUUUCUUUCUGCCUUCUUGCCUCGGAAUACCACAGAUAAACACUCAUGGGCAGCCUGGCUGUUUGGGCUGUGGCUGCGGCCGCUCUGCUGGGAAUGUCGGGGUGCUGGUUGGCCGAAGGGCACAAGAGCAGCAGGCGAGGCAGCGUGGAUACAGCCAGCAUGUCACGUACCUCCUCCCAGGAGCUGCACUCCAUGGAGAAGGGGAAAGCAGACGGGAACAUCGAUCAAUCCCUCACCGAUCCAGAUGGUGGUCCCUGUCGGAGGACCUACUGUGGACGGGGUCGACAAUGCGUGCUGAUGGCAGAAACCGGGCGUGCCGAGUGCGUUUGCCAGGAAAAGUGCCGUCCCUCCUUUGUGCCGGUGUGUGGCUCAGACGGCAGGUUUUACGAGAACCACUGUGAGGUUUACCGCACCGCCUGCCUGGAGAGGAGACGGAUCUAUGUGGUGCACAGCAAGGACUGCUUCUUCAAAGGCAAUGCAUGCACCAUGUCGGAGUACAACAGGCUGAAGAGCACGCUGCUGGAUAUGCAGCCGAAAGUGCUGAACACUGGAGAGCAGGAGCAGCAGAGAGACAUGGAGGAGAAGCGAGCGCUGGUGGACACCAUGUUUAAAUACCUGGAUGUGAACCAGGACGGCCGGCUGAUCAGUGAUGAACUGGAAAAGAUCUCAAUGAAGGAGCACCUGGAGGACAGUCUCUUGGAGUGCACCAUGCAGGACCUUCUGCGUUACGAUGACUACAACAACGAUGGCCACCUCAGCCUGCAUGAGUUCUACACGGCUUUCCAGGUUGUCCAGUUGAGCCUGGCAGAGGACCAGCAAAUCAGCGUCUCCACGGUAACGGUGGGCCUGAGUGCCGUCCUUACCUGUGCCAUCCAGGGGACGCUGCGCCCACCAAUCAUCUGGAAGAGGAAUGGCAUCAUAUUAAACUUCUUGGACCUGGAGGAUAUCAAUGACUUUGGGGAUGAUGGCUCCCUGUACAUCACCAAGGUGACAACCAUCCACAUGGGGAACUACAGUUGCCAUGCCUACGGCUAUGAAGACCUCUAUCAGACACAUGUGCUGCAGGUGAAUGUCCCUCCAGUGAUCCUGGUCUAUCCAGAGACGCAGGCCCAGGAGCCCGGCGUUUCUGCCAGCCUGCACUGCCACGCCGACGGCAUCCCAAAUCCCAAACUCCUCUGGCUGAAGAACGGCAUGGAUCUGCAGCCCAGAUCUUCUAAACAGCUCACUCUCAUAGCAAAUGGCAGCGAGCUCUUUAUUGGCAGCGUCCGGUACGAAGACACCGGAGCCUACACCUGCAUCGCCAAGAAUGAGGUGGGAGUGGACGAGGAUAUUUCCUCACUGUUUGUGGAGGAUUCGGCCAAGAAGACUCUUGCAAACAUUCUGUGGAGAGAAGAAGGACUGAGUGUGGGGAACAUGUUCUACGUGUUUUCUGAUGAGGGCAUCACGGUGCUUCAGCCCAGUGAAUGUGAAAUACGCAGACAUAUGAAGCGGACAGAGAGGAUUGUUGCUACCUAUGAGGAGAUGUGCCCUAAAGGUGAGGGGGUGUCACCUCAGCACUGCAUGUGGUCCUCAGCAGUCAACAUCAGGGAUAAGUACAUCUACGUGACCCAGCCCCUCCAGAGCCGACUGCUGGUUGUCGAUAUUCAAGCGCAGAAGGUGGUGCAGGCAGUAGCAACAGAUCCUUACCCAGUGAAGAUGCUGUAUGACAAAUCACACGACCAAGUAUGGGUCCUAACGUGGGGGGAUGUAGACAAAACACACCCAACACUUCAGGUAAUUCCUCAAGCCAGUGUGGGUGAAGCACAUCAUGCCAUUCGCACGACUUUCCAGAGGGUGAACGACUUCUUCAUUCCUCCGACUAACCUCAUCAUCACUCACGUGAGGUUUGCCUUUGUCUUCCUCAAAAACGAACCUGCGGUACACAAGAUUGAUCUGGAGACCUUCCACCGCGUCAAGACCAUCAGCCUGAAGAACUACAGCUGCAUACCACUCAGCAUGGCUUACACACACCUGAGUGGCUUCUACUUCAUCCAGUGCCAGAGCAAGAGCCUUCUGCAAGCCCCGCCACAGCUAAUCAUCGACAGCGUGACAGACGCCGUGAUUGGUCCGAACCUAAAUGUCACGGGCCAGGCUUUCGUGUCACCGGACGGCCGCUACAUUGUGACACCUGACCCGCGGAGUUCAAAGCUGAUAGUACAGACAGUGUCAUUCCAGGGGGAGCUGGGUCUGAACCAGGAAAUAGACCAGCCUGUAGCUGUCUCUGAUCUGGUUUUCCAGCCCUCCUUCACAGAGUCCAACCAGCAUGUGGUCGUGGCCACCUCGGGCUCAGGCACGGACCUGCUGUUUGCCGAUCUGUCCUCGGGCCGCACUGAGGUUCUCCAGAGCCUCAAGGAGCCCCUGGGUCCCCAUGCCUGGCCGUGGGGAGGCCCCAACAGAGUGGUGGUCUCCAGCGGGUUGUUUGGACAGUACCUGGUGACACCGUCAGUCGAGUCCCUCUUUGUCCUGAACGGCAAACAGAGAACGCCGCACUGUGAGGUGUCAGACAUCAAGAGAGGGAACACAGUUGUUUGGGUGGGGGAGGUAUGAGUUAAAAAGAAAAAAAAAAGCAGGAGAUGUAGAAGUAGAGCAAGAUGUAAGUGGGGAAAAAAGGAGAAGGAAAGAUCAGGCCAAAUUACCUAUUAUUAAGAUUUAUGUGAACAUAAGUUGUGGACUCAACCCUAUGACUGAGUGAGACUGAAACAUGUCUGGGUUUGUUGUAACAAAAUUACACUUAAAAAUAGAGUAAUUGAAAAAAUAUUAAGAAAAUCUGUUGUGAUAUUUCUAUUGGGAGAAAGUGUCAAUGCCGUUCAGUGCAACAGUGAUCUAUGUGCACUUAACUAUACAGAAUUGUACAUUAUUGCACUUCCUUCCAUGUUAUCACAGCAAAUAGGUACCUGAAGAGGGGUUAUUAAUGAACUAUGAACUAUGCACAAUGCUCACUUUUUUAGACUAAAAAGCUUUCCAAUUUUUGUUUAUCUCAACAAUGUUUGUCGUUUUCACCAGUGCUGCAUAUAUUCACCACAAACUGUCAGUCUGUCCUGUCUGCCUUUAGUGUAUGCGUGUUCUGAGUCCUUUUAAAAGCUACCAACAUCAUCUGUUUACUCGCCUUCGUCAUGGUAUUGUACUGUACUCUCCCUCUGAAAGCUUUCAUUCUUCUCAAACCGGCAGAGGUUGGCUUUAUGCACAUGUGUAAUACCCUCUAUUUACAUUGUCUAUCCAAAGAGCCCAAUUGGUCCAUUAGCUGUCGAUGUUGGUGUUUUGGUCGCAGAGGGAGCCUAACCAGAAAUGAAAAGUACAUCUUCUGGUCUCUUGCAAUGGUAUAAUCUGUCCCCUGUUGUCUCUCACAUUUAGUCUGAACCUGGACAGCUCUGUGCUGUGAAGCCUGAAAAUGCCACUUAUACCACUUAGCAGAUUCCCUCAGGGUAAUGACUCCGGUUUACACUGACCCAUAUGCUGAGGCCGAGCCACAGUAGCAUCAACUCUGCUGCCUAACUGGCUGUGAGCAUUUGUACAUCCUCUCAGAGAGCCAUGCAUCAAGAUCAAGCUCCAAGUCAGGUAGACUGACACUACUCAUGUGGUAUUCAGCACCAGGUAAAACUUUUAUUAGUUACUGUCAACAUCAAACAAUACCUGGAUAGCAGCUACAUAUGCACAGGAAAAGAUAUUCUGUAUCUCAAAGCCUGGCAACCUGUUUCAAAAGUAGAGAUGCGUUUUCACAAACAUUGCCAAUAUGUACUGUAUUAAACAUCUUUCCUGUUUUCGGGAAUAAUUACUGAUUGUCAAAUAUCAUAAAUGGCUGUACAUGUACAGAUGUGUUUAUUAUUGUUUCUCAGAAAUUGCAUUCCUACCUUUGAAACAAAAAACUGAAAUUACUGUCUCGAGGCAGUAACUGAACAAACACCAGCAACUCUUUACAUAUAGCAGAUAUUUUUUUGUCUGUGGAGAAACUGCAUCAUCUUUUGUGUAACUGUGUUUUUCCUCUUGCACUAAUCAUCAUUAUGAUGAUCCAUUAGCAAGACAGAACAGCAGCUUUUUGCAGAUGUAAUAGCAUUAUCAGAAAUUACUGGAAACAUAAUGUCUCUUAAGCAUUUCUGCCUACUGACAGUAGUGCCAGUCUACAUACGAAGGCUCCUGAUGGCUCUUGCAUAUUGGUCUAGAAUGGGUGCCAAAGCUGGGGUAAUGGAUUUUUUAUUUUUAUUUUUUACUCCUUAAAUCAGAAUCUGCAAGAAUUCUCAAUAAGUCAGUUCUUAUUUUAAAGGCUCCUGACUUUACCUGGUUGAUGAUCAAGUAAUUGUAUGUUGGGAAAACUAAAAAUGUCUUACAUUGUGUUUCACAAAAUUGCUAGUUCAUAGAAAUAGUCAGACAGCAGAAUUGCAUCUUUCUCGCCAGUAUGAAAAAAUGAGAACCAAAAAGUCGACCGACUUGAUAAUACCACAGUGAGCCUCAAGCAAAAACCACUCAAACAUUUGGCUUUUAUGUGGAACAUUCAAGUCAUUUAAAGAGAGUCUGACUCUAAUCAAAGACUCAAGAAUUUACCCUGGAUUCACAAUGCCUUCAUCUGAAUGAAUUUGGAGUUUAAAUUUGAUACUGAAUGUAAUAAAAUAUGUCUCCAAGAUGACCUUAAUGCUUAAAAUUACUAUUUAUUCACCAGGUCAUGAUGACUCCCAGUUUCAUGGGAGGUUCUGUUAGAAUUGAUUUUAGUACAGCAUGGUCAGUCCUUAAACUCAACACAUUUGUGUACUUGAGAGAGUUUAGUGAACCGAUUCAACAGAAAAUGUUCUUGCGUGAGCCUCAGUGUGAACUUGCCUUUGAAGUAAAAUAAAAUUUGGGAGGUACUUUGGCAUCGCAGCACAAAUACUCACAGCCUUUGGGAUUUUGCAGUUGCUGACCUUAUUUUUGGCGGGUCAAACACAUUUGAAAGAAGUGAGAUUAAAGUUGCAUUUAUCUCCACUGACCACGAUGUCAAAGUCCGGCUUUAACGCAUUUGGCGUGAGUCCUCUAGGAGAAGCAAACCACUGUAAAUCCAACUGGAGUCUUGUUAAUGGAGUUUACUGUAUCUGCUUGUGUGUGUUUCCCCUCUCCACAAACAGCAACCCAAAUUAAAUAUUAAUCAUCUUCUCCUAAUACGUAGUUGUGCCUGUAACUCCCCAAUGCGAUGCAAUGUGUAGGGUAGAAACCAAGCUGUGCAAGAAAAGAAAAAGUAAACACAGGAGUGAAGCAGAUUUGUCGUUCUUGUUUGUGACUUUGGUAUUUGCUGCUAAUCUGCCACGAAAACCUUUCUGGCAUGAUGGUCUUUUUGAAGGCAAAGACUCAAUGAUGUUGAUAAUGUUUCCUAGACCACUGUUGCACUGAGGAGAAAAAUGUAUAUCUGCGAUACAUCAAAGCUAUGUGAAUGGAAAUUUGUUAAAUUGGUAAUCUAGUUUUCUGUCUAAAUGAAAAAAAAAUGAUUCAGGCUCUGAAGUUUCCUAAAGUCACUACCCCAUCCAAAGUCGCUUCCCAGAUGGCACUAAAUGAGUAACCUACAGUAUUCAACAGCUCAGAGACAUGCAUGUAAUGAAAAUAGAUCUUCAACAUGAUUACCAUUGACCUCUCAGUGAUCUUUCACAGUCACAUACAGUUUACCGUUGCUUGUGAAAAAGUCACUUUUCUGCCCUCUCAUUGUCACAUCUGUCAGCUUCUCUCUUACGGUCGAUUCAGCAGUAAGACAUCGCUACUAGAGCCAAGGAGAGCAAGAGCAAAGAGACUGCACCUGUGCUUGCUGAUAUAACUACAUUAUUGGCUAGCUCACGUUGUUUGUUUGGAUCUACUUUCAGUGUCACAUGACUAUUUCCGUACCUCUCCUUUAACCCUGAAGUAAGGGGCUGCAGAGCUGAACCGCUUGGUGUGAUAGACAUUGAUAGGAACCACUGUUGUAGAUAACAUUGUUCAUGUUUAGAACACGUUCGGACAUGACAAAACUGACUGUACAGUUUUCUUUAUGCAUUUUGUGUGUUCUGGUUUAUGAGGGAAUUGUUUUGUAAGAAAAAAAUCGAAUUAAAUAUAUUGUAAAAAUCAA